AUGUCUGCGUUUGAUCUCUUCCAGUCACAACUCGAAUCCAACUCGACCGAAGCCGAAAUUGACGCCAUGAAGCGUUUAGCCGUUGUUGCCAUUACUAUGGGAAAAGAUGACGCCCAAGCUACGCUCAUACCCUAUCUAACACAGAUAGGUACCGCGCAGCCGCUUCCUUCGGACGAACUCUUGCUUAUUCUCGGACAGGAACUGCCCGCCGUCGCCAAGUUCAUCGGCCCCGCUUGUGUUGUGGACUUUUUGCCCCUUCUCGAACGUCUCGCCGCGGUAGAGGAAACAGUCGUUCGCGAUCAAGCCGUCGUGGCGCUGUGCGAACUCCUUGGACAGGCAGGGACCGGGCUGGACGCCAUUCCCUGGACGGCACUCGCCAAACGUUUGGGCUCGGCUGACUGGUUCACCGCCAAAGUCUCCGCUUGCGGCGUCGUAGCUUCUAUUCUCCAACUCAAUAACAGUAAUUCGGAAGAGUUACUCGCGCUUUACAAAGAUCUCUGUCAGGACGAGACACCCAUGGUGCGGCGGGCAGCAGCCAAGCAUAUUGGCAAAGUUCUCGGUGUCGCUGGGUACGAGCAACGUGAUUUUUGCACCGCCACCUUGCCCGUACUCUGUCGGGACGAACAAGACUCGGUCCGACUCUUGGCGAUCGGGUCCUUGGCCGAUGCGGGAUCCAGCUUUUCUGUGCAUCCGUCGUGGACUGCCACAAAUUGGUUGCCCUUGGUCAAGGACGGAUCCACCGAUAUGAGUUGGCGUGUGCGAAACAAUUUGGCCAAGAAUUUCGCCAACGUUGCCAACAACCUUGGUUUUCAAAACGAUCCUGACCAGCAGACCGAGCAAAGUGUCGUUAUGGCUUGCUUCGUGGCUCUCUUAAUGGACUCGGAAGCGGAAGUCCGAGCGGCCUCCGUCGGUCACCUUUCCAAAAUGGUGUCUUGGGGCGGAGCGACUCACUUUUCGAGCCAUCUCCAAUCCUUGUUGCCGGCGUUAGCCGACGAUGUGGUCAUGGAAGUCCGCAGCAAGUGUGCUCUCGCACUCAUGAGCGCCGCGCACAGCGGCGUCCUCGAUGAUGCGGUCAUUCUCCAGAGCUUCGGUCCCUUGCUCGAAAGCUUUUUACAAGACGAAUUCCAAGAAGUCCAGUUACAAGUAUUGACCAAUCUCGACAAGAUUGCACAUUUGCUGCCCGCACUGUCGGGCGUUGUGACCAGUUUGCUGCAAAUGUCCAAGGCCAGCAAUUGGCGCGUACGGGAAGCCGUCGCCCGGCUUUUGCCGCAUUUGGCCCAAACUCGUGGGCUCGACUUUUUUGCCAAUGUUCUUUUGGAGCCCGCUUGGUUGACUCUCCUACUGGACCCGGUCGCCACUGUCCGCAAUGCCAUUGUCCGCGGUAUGCCAUUGUUGGUAAGCGCAACCGGGGAAGAAUGGUUGACGUCCAAAUUGAUACCGGAGCACGUACAAAUUUUCAACCAAAAUUCAUCGUCCUACCUCAUUCGUAUGACAAUUAUACAAGGUCACGUGGAAGCAGCCGUGGCGCUGAAGGAUGGCCCCCUGUGGAAUGAAUUAAUGGUGCUGCUACUGCGCGGCCUCAAUGAUCGCGUUCCCAAUGUACGCAUGGUGGCAGCGCAAGGCCUGGCUCAAGUUAUGCGUGAAGGCGAUUCAAGUGUGAUCGAAGCUAAGCUCCGCCCUGCGUUGGAGAAGCGGUUGCAAGAAGAUAAUGAUGAGGAUUGCCGGCGUUGUAUUUCUCUAGCUCUGGAAGUGGAAUAA